AUGGCGUCUCACUCUAAGGGACUAGCUCGAGCUAGCCGCACUCAUCCCCUCGAAGGAUUUCACAAUAUUUCCUUCACUAGCGCCUCUAUGAAAGACCUGGAUUCAUCCGCCGCUCGACUUGCAGGAUGCCUUGGCUUCCAGACUACUGCGUCUCUUCACGCACUAUUUUCGAACACCAAUGCUCCCACAAAGCGCGUGAUCUCUGAUUACAUUGCCGACCGCCAGGGUGGGUUUGGAGCUCCUCCUGAAUUCCCUAACAAAUUCCGUUCUAUCAAAGCCCCCACCGUGAUUGAAGCCGUGGAGCAUGCUGGUCACUACACCCAGCUUCUACUUGAUGAUAAACCCCCUGCACUUGCCUCUCCUAAUUACAUGCUCACCCGCAUCAAUGAUCUUGCGGUGAAUUCCCAACUUCGUGUUGCGCCAUUCUCUUUUGACGCCUUGGAGACAUUCCUUGCCUGGAAGGUUCUCAUCUUUUUCUACACCUCUGUCCACCGCCGCAAGGACUCUGCGCCCACGAAUUGGCACAAAGUUCCCGCCAUCGCUCCUACCCACAUUAAUUCGAAGGGUAAAGCGGCCACUACCUCAAUCUCGGUGCCCACUAGUCGUGUCUCUCAGCUGGAGAAUGCCCUUGCUCGGUUUGACAACGCUAUAGCCGAGGCUGCCCAAGAUGACCCAGCCCAGCUCAACGCCGCUCUACCUGAUGUGAUCUCUGAUAGUGCCUAUAAGACCCUUGUCGUUGGGCUUGGCACUGCUCUUGACCGACCUACCACUGCUCGUCUGAAUCGGCCCGCCCUCUCCCACACCGACCUUGGUUAUCUUCAUGGCUCUCUUUGCAAUGAGAGAUUCCUGACAAACUCCCUGUUGCAAUAUCAUCCCCCCAUCCCCCGGGGGGAUGGUAUGACACAUGGCUACGCUACCAAGACGAUCUCCGCCAGUGAAGCUCACAAUACAGGGAUUGAAGCCUCGGACCUCACGUCCAGUGAUGACCUGCUCAGCGAUGAUCCGUCACGCGGUGAUAUAUCAACCAAGCCUCCCGUUACGCCCGUUGACCCUCGUGAACAGCUGACUGUCUCAGCCAUCCCGCCGUUAUUUGACGCCGCCCUCGACGUGCUAAAACUCCCCCUUGCCACAGAAAGCCAUGCCGAGCUUAACCCACCUAACUCGUUCGAGCUGCCCCCUACUUACCUCAAACCUUGGCAAGUAACCGCUCUCGGCUGGAUGCAUCUGCAGGAGGCUAGUCCCCUACACGGUGGUAUCCUCGCCGACGCCUGUGGUCUCGGCAAGACCCUGACCGCGCUCUCCCUGAUUUGGACCACGAACCAACUCCUCCCUGCGGUCGAUGCCCCCCCUGGUACGUUCGCUCCCUCCCUCAUAUUAGUCCCCAAUGCCCUGGUUGAUACGUGGACAUCUGAGAUUGACCGGCACUUUGGUGAUGCCUUGCAGCUUAUCGUUUUCUUCGGCUCCACCACCCGUACCAGUGACCGUCGGCGGAAAAGCCAGAUCGUCGGAACCCUCGAGGAGCUGCACAAUCACCUUAACCAGCUACACUCCUCUGAUUCGAUCACCGGUCUUACGGUGGUGCUCUCCUCGUACCAGACUUGGGCGCGCCGAACCACCUAUGAGGUCGACGCUGAAGGAGCACCGCUCUCCCAUCCUCUGGUCUCUAGUCCCCCGUCCCGUCCAGCAAUUUCCGGCCGUCAGAUUUCUCAUGCGGAUAUAGAUGAGGAUGAGGAUCAACUCUCUGACCAGGAACAGGAAGCCAUCGAAGAAGCUGUCGAUGAAGCCGUCGAUGAGACGAUGGACGACGCUACCCACCUCUCUGACCUCGCAAGCUCCGGGCAUAACGAGGAUCCAUUCGGCACUGCCCGCCGCGCGCUUGCUCAGCUUCAGGAUGCUCAGUCGCCUGGCGAGGACCAGCCGCGUCGCGCCUCUCGUACUCGAUAUUUUGCCAACAGGGUCGAAACCACAUUUGCCCGCAUUAUUUGUGACGAAGGCCAUCGUGUGAAGACAAUAUCAUCUCGCCAGCAUCAAUCCGUGGCGCACCUCCAGCGUAGCAGCACCUGGUUCCUGACAGCUACCCCGAUGUGGAACAAGCCAUUUGACUUCUGUGGCUAUCUCUCCCUGCUCUGGAGCAACGACUUUAUCCCGGAGCCGGAGUCUGUCGACCCGGAGCACCUGACGGAUGUCGCUGAACCGGAGUCCGCCCUUCAUGACUAUACCACAUGGUCUGCCGUCUCCCCGCUACCAGACACUGGUCGCCCUUACCAUCUCCUGAGUCCAGUCCAGCUCCUCACGCUUGGCCGCGGCGGACAUUUAUCCACCGAUGUUGGUUUCCAUGUCUUGCCUGUUAUCCUACGCCUGACAUGCCUUGCUCGUGAGCCUGGUCACCUGAUGGUCGGACAUGGCAACGCCUCGGUCACUAUCGGUGCGGACAUCCCGCCGCUAGCCAUCAGCACUGUGGAGCUUCGGUACACACGGACCGCCCAGCUAGACCAUGACAAGAGCUACGGCACACUCGCCUCGACGCUACAUGGCCCGCCAACAGAAUCCGCCGCCUCUGGCCCCUCGCAGGAUGGUCAGGCUGGAUCGAUCAACUGGGCUACGUACCGCCAGCUAUGCCAUAUUGCUGUCUAUCCGAAGAUGGACCUCUUUCUGCGUAACUCUGCCCAUAGUGUGCUUGCUGCCGAAAUCACAUCGUACGGUGACUGGGGAGAUGAUUGUGGCUUCGGACUCUUUUUUGCGCGUACCGUACAGGAUCGCUCGGUCGACCUCCCUACCUCUCGGAUGGCUGUUGCUCGGUAUUUGGCAUAUGACUGCCCCCGCCUACGAUUCCUCCUCCACCUCCUAUGGACCGAGGGAACACUCGCAGAGAGCGGCAACCGACCUCGAUUUCUUGUCUACUGCAACUGGCCCUGCACCCGCUGGCUGGUUGAGAUGUUUCUUGCCGCGCUUGGAGUCGACUUUGUGGUUAUUCGGGCAGGCAUGUCUCUCGACGCCCGUACCACCGCCAUCCAACGGUUCACCAACCUCGCUAGUACGACCACAGUCCUCCUUACCACAUACAAUUGUGGUGCUCUCGGACUAAACAUGCAUGCGCAAUGUAGCCGUGUGGUAUUGAUGGAAGCACCCCAGAAUUACAAUAGCGUUUUCCAGACAGUCGGUCGUAUCCACAGACUUGGGCAGACACACCCACAAAAAGCAUGGCUGCUAUUCCAAGACCAUACAAUACAGCGACUGAUGGAGUACAACAGCACCCGUAAGAUCCUCCCACAGAUCGCGGCGCAGUUUCGGCCUUGGCUGCAAACUCAGAUCCCCUCAGUCGCUGCCCACGCACCUGUGGCGCAGUCGGCCGCAAUUCAGGCUGCCGCCGCCCAGUCGGCCGCCGCUAGGGUUGCUGGUAGGCUGUCCUCUCCUCUACCCGCCGCCCAGCCUAAUAUUACUCCGUCGGCAUCCCCCACGCUCUCCAGCCAAUACGAUGACAACAGCUCUGACCCUCCCCCCAAGAAGCCUGUCAGUGACGUUCUUCACACCACGGCCGCUAUAGACCGCGUCGAUAUGGACCGCAUUGCCUAUGGCCUGUUGGCAGAAAUCCUUGGCAUUGCUCCUGGUAUGCCAAGCCGCCUUGACAUGGGCGAACAUCAUGACCUUGGCUUGCUUGGAGAGACCGCCGGCGGAAUUCAGUACUCCACUCGCGGGGCCCCGAUGGCUGUAAACCCCGCUCAUCGUACGCCACAGAAGCGUGCACCGUCACAGCCACAGCUCCAUGGUGGCCGGCCCUCAAAGACGUCUCGCCAAGAGUAA